AUGAACUUGGACCGAGGCCAGAUUGCAUCGACUUGUCUUUCUAUGAACUCGACUAACUCAGAGUGUCACUCCUUGCAGGAAAUGCAUCCACAAGAUUCGGAGGCGCCUCUCAUGGGUAGUAAAGCCCAGACACAACACCUCAACAACGAAGGCAUCUCCUCUUCCUCGGCCCCACAUAUGACAGCCCAGGCAGCCUACAAUGUCUCGUCCGAACCCUCACCAGCGAAGCAGUUGGUUGCCCUGAGUGCUAAGAAUGUCAAAAUCCGCGCCAGGGACCUGGCUCAGACAAUCAAUUCAUUGUUCGAGCCGGUAUGGAUGAUGCUCAUCCUGGUCUUCCUUCAUCUCUCAGCCAAAAGCGCCUCCAGUCAUAUGAGUGUCAGAGCACUGCCCUACCUUUCCGUUGACACCUGCAAAUCGACAACAGAUUGCAUCUACUUUGGAUACACCGGCUUACCGGCUACAGAUCCCAUGAUCGCAGAGCUCUCUGGGUUCUUUGCCGCAUCGGAGCCCAAUAUAGUUGUCCCAAAGUUCUACACAGAUGAAGCCGCCAUGACUACCGCGUACGAUACGUCGCCUGUCAAUUUUGUGGUCGGUGCCGUCUUUCAUGGUCCUUCCACCAACUUGUCGGCACCCUCGACUGCUGGAGGCUCACAGGCAGACCUGUACCAGUACACAAUUCUGGCCAACCACACAGCCUAUGUCUACAGCAAUUACCUUGAUACCCGUUUCGCCACUGCACAGGCAUAUAUCGAGCGCGCUGCUAUUAAUUUGCGCCGCAAGGCCAACAACAAGUCCACUCUUUCUUCGCCUUUGCCUCUGAAGACCGACCCAGGAACGGCUCCGAGCGGUGUAGGACGGACCUUUAUCUCAACUGCCGAAUUUGUUGGAUUGUCAUCGUCAAUCAACCAGAGCUUGAACGCCUAUUAUAUCAUCUUUUGCUUCCAAGCAGUCUGGUUGGGGGUCUUAAGCAUUUUGGUCAUGGAGAAGAAGAAAAAGAUUCGCAUGGCCAUGACCAUGAUGGGCAUGAGUAGAAACUCUUAUUUGGUCUCUGUCUGGAUCAUGCAAAAUAUUCAGAACUUGGUUACGUGCGCGCUCAUGAUCUUGAUCCUGUUUGUCGGCCGCAUUUUCAUCUACACAAACGCGUUCAUCAUCUGGCUUCUCUUGAUACUCUUCUCUUUCAAUGCCACGGCGUUCGGAACUAUCGCUGCAGUCUUCAUUCGCGACACCAAAAAGACCAACAGCGUAUCUUUUGUGAUCCUUAUUUUCACAAUUGGAAGUUAUGGUAUCUGCGCAGCUCUUGUCUUUGGAGCCAGUCAGGUUGUCUCUCCAACAACCGAGACGCUCCUCUUCCUGAUCCCCUCGGUUGCGUUGGGAAGAGCAAUCAAUUUUAUCACAGGUACGGAAGCCGCACUCGGAGGCGUAACAUUUGAGAACCUCUCCUCAGGACCCUGCGGCAAGGCUCUUUGGAUGUUGGCAGUUGACUGCAUUAUUUUCUACUUUUUGGCGUGGUAUGUGGAUGCGGUCGUGCCAAACGAGUUCGGCGAUGCGCUGCCGCUAGACUUUUUCCUGAGACCAAGUUAUUGGGGCAUUGGACAGUAUCAUCAUGCAGGGGAUGCUGGACUGAGGGAAGGUAACCAGGCCGACUCGGCGCCUUGUUCUCAUGGGUACAGCAGUGGGCACGCUGAUAUGUUCGAGGAAAUCAACGUCUCCCAUAUUCCGGUUCAAGACAGGGGCAUUGUCCGGGUCAGGGGCCUUCGAAAGAACUACACGACAGGGCCCGGAUGGGCAUAUCAUAUUCCAAUCUGGGGUCUUUUUAUUCGGAUCCUUUAUCCUCCAAAGUCGGAGCGCACUAUGGGGCCGUUUUCGGGCGUACAGAAGCAUGAGGUGGUCGCUGGAUUGGAUCUUGAGGUUCACAGGAACGAGAUCCUAGGAUUCCUCGGUCAUAAUGGGGCCGGAAAGACGACCUCCUUGUCGAUGAUCAUGGGUAUGGUGAAGCCAUCUGCCGGCACAGUCAUUGUCAAUGGACAUCUUAUGCCUGGAAGCGAUGCUGUUGGUGCGCGAGACGUGGAUAUGAGGACGUUGUCGGAGGUCCAGAAGCAGAUGGGUAUAUGUCCGCAGCACGACGUACUUUUUGAAACAUUGACAGCCUGGGAGACGAUGCAGUUGUAUGCCGCGAUUAAGGGCGUCAAGGUUCAGGGCCGCAAGUCUGCAGCAAAUCUAGGAUCCCAACAAUCGACGCCCAAGGGGCUGCUCGACGAGUAUUUGGAACAUCUCCUGGAUGAUGUCUACCUCAAGGAAAAGAAGCACGAGCGUGUCGUGACAUUUUCGGGUGGUAUGAAACGCAAACUUUCUGUUGCACUCGCUUUCUUGGGUGAUCCCAAGGUUGUUCUGCUGGAUGAGCCCACAACGGGCAUGGACAUCUUUUCUAAGAAGCAGAUUUGGCAGCUCAUGCAGGACUCCAAGGCUGGACGUGCUAUCUUACUGACGACACACUCGAUGGAGGAAGCGGACGCGCUCUCGGACAGGAUUGCAAUUCUUUCCAAGGGUGAACUCCAGACCCUCGGAAGUUCACUGUUCCUUAAGAACCGCUUCGGAGUCGGCUAUCGUCUGAGUCUCGAGAAGCGCCGCGUUAUGCUGGCAGACCAGAUGCAUCAGCAGAGAGCAGACAUCCAGUCUAGCAGUUUGUUGGAUGCGCAAGAGUCGGCCGUGGUGCUGUUUAAUGAAGAACGUGCAACGGCGAUUGUGCAGCAGCACUUUCCGGAUGCAAUUAUCGACGUUAAUACGGCAACGGAUAUCACAUAUGUGCUUCCGACUACAAGCACGGUCGAGCAGCGAAACGGACGUACGGCUCAACAGUACAUUGAAGACAAGAAGGCAGCCUUGCCUGCGCUAUUCAGUCAAUUGGACGAAGAGAUUGCAGCGAACAAAUUGGGUGUCAGAAGCGUGGGACUUUCGCUUACGACACUAGAGGAGGUCUUUAUCAGUCUACAAGAGCAGGAUGAAGCCGAGGAACUUGCAAAAGAAGGGGAAGGAAACGGCAAUUAG